AUGGCAGCUGCUCCAAGUUCUGCCACCGACAGACAAAGAAUCCUGGAGGAUUUUCUCUCCUGUGGAAUCUGCUUUGAGCCCUUCACGAAGCCCAAAGCACUACCCUGUCAGCACACAUUCUGUUUGGGGUGUUUAGAGAGCCAACAUAAAACAUGGUUGGAGGAUUGCAGCAGGAUGCCACAUCAAGAGCAGCAACCAUUCAGGUGCUCAAUCUGUCAAGAACCUGUGACUUUGACCUCUAAGAGAGUUGCAGGACUUCCUGACAACCAUCUUGUGUCCAACCUGUGUGAGGAAUUCUCCAAGAAAACUCAGGUGGGAGGACCGAAGAACAGGUGUGGAUUUCACCAGACAAAAGAAGUAGAUCUGUUCUGCCAGCAGUGUGAGGUGCCAGUUUGUAGUGAGUGUAUCGGGGAUGGCCACCCUGGGCACAACAUCACAGGGGUUAAACAGGCGGCACCACAGAUAAAAGCCAACAUCAGGACACAGCUCAAGAAGGGACAACAGAAGAUGGAAACCUUCUCAACUUUCCUCAAAAACAUUCAAGAUGUGCAGAAAAGGCUGACAGACAACAAGACACAAGCUCAACAACAGAUCAACAGAGCUUUUGAAGAACAGAUCCUGAAGUUACAAAAACAGAGGGAUGGGCUCUUGGCAAUUGUACAAAAGACUCAUCAGGACAACAUGGCAGCUCUGACAGGACCAAGAGACACUGUGCUGACUCAGCUGGCUGAACUGUCCAGGGUUUGUGAAGAUGCAGAAAAGUGUUUGGAGCAAGAAGAAGCAGUCUGGCAAUCACAGGACUUAAACGUGGGAGAGAAACUUGCAAAGUUUGAGAACACUCGGAUUCCUGAAGUCUGUGAAACUAAACUUUGUUCUUUCGAACCAAAGAAAUCUGGUACACUGAUAGAGCUGGGUAAGGUAACAACAAAAACCAUGUCAAACAAGAGUUCCACGACCUCAUAUGACUUGCUUUAA